AUGCAAAAAUCAGGACCGUUAAAUUUAUUUUCUUCAAUAAGGUACGAAGCAAAACAUAAAGAGUUGAAAGAUGCUGCUAAUGCUAUUACUUCUCGCAAAAAUAUUGCAUAUUCCCUGGCUUUGAAACAGCAGUUGCAAUUGGCAUACAGAUUAUUAUCUUCUGAUAAUAAUUUGUAUACAAUUCCUAUACAAUUUGGACGUGUUUUAACAUUAGAUUCUUUCACAUUAGAUUUAUACAAUAAUAGAAUCACAUUUUUAAAUAAAAAAUUUAACUUAUGUGUUGAUAAUAUUACAUUUGUGUCCUGGGUGAAUAUCAAAGGUUCAAUUUAUAAUUGUAAAAAUAUGUGUGUCGUUGUUUCUGAAGAUGAUGGUGACACUAUGAUGCUAUCUUUUGGUUUAAUUAAAGACAUUUUUAUAACUGGUGAAAAACAUUAA